GAGCAGUUCAUCUCAACCUUCGUCGAUGGGAAAACGAAAGCUUUCAAGCAAGGUUGGGAUGAGACUCUUCGUGCUUCUAGGGUCACCGCAGACUAUGGGCUAUUUGCAAUGCACAAUUUGCAAGGAGUUACUAAAUCUGCGGCCCCCACUGUCGUCCAACCGAGUGCCAAGCUGACUCCACCAGAAGGGUUGGCUAAAGAAGUUAAGGAGACAACGGCAGAGAUAGUGCCGAUCACUUUCAGUGAUGAAUCAGAGAGAAUGUCUCCCCUUCAUCUUCCUUCUCCUACUCUCCCCAUGCAUAUUGGUGAUCCCUCCGUCCUCGACACCCCCAUCAUCCAUCCCAGUAGGGACGAGUUUGGGGAGCUUGACGAGAUCCUUGUUAAUACUCACCAUGUCAGCUCCAAUCAAGUACUGCACAGUCCGCUCAACCAUCAACAUAUCAACCCGACCCGACAAAUACAAAUACGUCCUCAGAAGAUCACUAUGUCGGUUCUCCUUAGCAGUCCAAGCCCGAGUCCAAACAACCCACGGGCUUGGACUCGCCCCACUCUCAUCACGAACCCCAUCAAGGGUGUUGAUCAUGGUUUGGUACAUGGGCAAUGUGUCCUCAGUGAUCAAGUCAACCACAAGCACCACAAAGUACUCAUCGGGAAGGGCCGCCGUUCAUGUAGGGCCUGCACUUCGUCGGUGAAAUCAUUGGACGACUGUGAUGGGUCGGGCCGUAACUCAUUGGGCUGCCUGCAAUUGUCCACGGGCUUGAGCAAUCUGAGGACCCACUGGGAAGCCCAUGACUCUAGUGAUUUGAAAACUUCGGCUUUCUCUAGUGGCAUUGAGUGGGUGACUUUGGGGGAUAAAUGUAAUCGUGAUGCUGCCACGACGGAGAUUGGUGGUGGCCGCCGUGAUGUGGUGGUUGGGAGGUGGUGGUGGUGGGUCAGAAUGUGGGCACGUGAGGUCCAUGCAGGUGAUGUGGUGAAAUGA